AGCUCUGAAAAUGAUGACGUUCUACAUGAAUUGCUGGCUGGUAGUGGAAGUGGAACUGUUUAGCCUGAAUGUCGGGCUAUAAACUGAAGAAUACUUGAAUAACAUUGCAUAAGAAAGCAAUAAGAAGGUAUUUGAAUGAAUGACUAAUCGAAACGAUAUAGCAGUCUGACCUAUUGAUGCCAAUUACCUAACCAGAGAAGGCUAUAGUGAAUAAGAGGAAAACAGCGAUAUAACGGACUGAAGCUAAAAGUGCGAUUGAAGCCAUUUUCUCCUCAGACGAGGAGCGUGGUAACGUGACAUCAUGAACGUGGGCACGGCACACAGCGAGGUGAACCCCAACACACGGGUAAUGAACAGCCGGGGCAUCUGGCUCUCCUACCUCCUGGGCAUCGGCCUGCUGCAUGUCAUCCUGCUCAGCAUCCCCUUCGCCAGUGUGCCCGUGGUCUGGACGCUCACCAACCUCAUACACAACCUGUGCAUGUACCUGUUGUUACACUUGGUGAAAGGAACCCCGUUUGAAACUCCGGACCAGAGCAAGGCUCGCUUCUACACAUACUGGGAGCAGAUGGACUAUGGUGUACAAUUCACUGCCUCACGCAAGUUCCUCACCAUCACUCCUAUCGUCCUCUACAUCCUCACCAGCUUCUACACCAAGUAUGACCGGGCCCACUUUGUGGUCAACACGGUCUCCCUGAUGACCGUGCUCAUUCCCAAGCUCCCCCAGCUUCACGGAGUUCGGAUCUUUGGCAUUAACAAGUACUGAUGGGGCGGAAGAGGACACCGCCAUUCCUCCAUCUCCCUGUGGACUGUAAACACAGAGUAUCAGGCCCCGCCGUAUUGGCCCCCAGCCCAUAGGGAUCCAUGGCCCCUCUCUGGCUCACAGGGCUAUUGAGCACUCUGCUAAAUGAAACCUAUGGGCGAUAAACAACACAGAAUUGACUUACAGGGCUCGGCUGGGUCCGAGCUCCUAUGUGGU